AUGAAAGGAAAAUUUCAUCAUCAGGGUGGUGUGUCCGUCUGUACAGACUAUAAAAGUCGCCAUCUGCUCAGCUCUCUACACUCCUGUUUUACUCUCUCAGCUGCCUUGCUGUUUGGUGACCAGGACACUAAAAUGAGUGCAAAACUGUCUUCUAAAGAACUGAAGAGCAUUUUUGAAAAAUACGCAGCUAAAGAAGGUGAUCCAAACCAGCUGUCAAAGGAGGAGCUGAGGCUGUUGAUUCAGAAUGAAUUCCCCAGUUUACUAAAAGAUCAAAACACCCUGGAGGACCUCUUCAAAGAAUUGGAUGAGAAUGGAGACGGAGAAGUUAGUUUUGAAGAAUUCCAGGGGUUACUGAAAAAGAUAGCCCAGUGA